AUAUUAUCAAAAUGCAUUCCGCAUACGAUUAUUUAACUGUAUUCAGAAAAACAAAUUUUAUCUCACAAAAAGUUGAAAAAAGAUUAAAUGAUGCAUCGGAAGUAAUGAGAAUGGUGCAGUGUGGUGAUAUAGGACCAGCUUCACAUAUCAGGGUUCACAGACAGCGUGCUCUUCGUUUUCUGUGGUGGACAUUUGAUUACAGUUAUGAUCACCACUUCUUAGUGACCGAUGUACAGGAAAGUCAAUUGACGAUCAUUCACUAUGCACCGAAAAGGAUUUCUAUGAUAAUUCUGUUAAAAGGAGUAGCCGAGAUCAUUGAGGAGACUCUGGUGCCUGAAGACAAGGAAGGUAUCCUUGAUUUUACUUCUGGAGUAUUUCUAGUAACGUGUGAUUGUUACCCGGAGACACACAAACAGAAAUCCGAGGCUGUAAAACGAGCCAAAAGACGCCUAGGGGAGAGACAAUACUCAGUGUUUCACAAUAACUGUGACAGUUUUGUAUCGUGGACACUAGUGGGAAAUUCCUACUCUCACCAAGCAAUGAAUGCUAAGGGAUUACUUUUUUGUAUUGGAAUAUGUGCUCGGUGUUGCAUUAGAAUUUAUAGGACGCUGGCAUUAAUUAAGGACGGUUUUAAAAAUAUUGUUCGUUUAAGGUAAUAAAGAUGUUUUUUUAAUAUAAAUAUACUGCAUAUGAUAUACGUUUUAUUAUACCAACUGAGUAUGAUGCAUUCAAUAUGAAAUCCAUAUGUGAUUUUUGUUGUAAUAAAAUACCUUUUCCGACUAAAAGAGUAUUCAGCUUUUGAUGUUGGAAAUCAAUCUUUGAUCAAAUUUCUAUAAAUACUUGAAAAAUACCUCUCUAACCGCUCCAAACAUCAUCUAUAGAGCGGGAAAGGAAUAUUUGAUAUCACUUUUCAUGAGGAAGUAUAUUCCUCACUGUUUUACAUACAUGUAAUUAUCAUAUAAACGUUGCAAUAAAAACAAGUUCUUCUAUCAAAAAGUAGCAAUGUUCAGAACUUUUUUAAAAUUAGAUUUUGUUUGUGUUUAUUUUUAUUUACGCAUUGUCCUUUUUAUUUUUAUUUCUUUGAUUGUAUGCUUUUCAGUUGUUUACUUUUAACGCUUUUACUUUCAUGUGAACGAACAGAACAUAAAAUACCUAUUAACUGUGAAAUUUUAAAACUAAAAAGGUUUGUUAUUAUUCAAAUAACAAAAUAAUACAUGUAUAUCAGAGUUACAUUGUACAUGCACAUGCGAAUAGAAGUAUUAAAUAAUCAUUAAUAUUCCAGCUGUGAGGGGCUUUUUUGAGUGGAUUUAGCUCAUCGACUAAAACAGUAAAUGAUGUUACUAGAUAAUUAAGGCAUAUUUGAUACAUUGUUGAUUGCUUUGUCUUUCCAAUAAAAGUUGAAUAUAUA